CUUCUGCCGCUGCAGUACUAUGACCCGCCGCCGCCGCCACUCCCCUCCUAGGGCUGUCAUCGGGGACCAGGAGAGAAGCCGGGAGCGGGGGGAGAGUAGAGUCGGCGCCUUUUCUGAAUGCACCUGGCCGGAGCUCCCGGGGGUGGAGGCGGAGCAGGAGGAGGGCAGUGAAAGGGACUUAUCGGCAACGGCAAGGAGUGAAAGAGAUGCCCCAAAUAGGGCUCGCAGCUCGGCUAGGCUCAAAAGGUCCUCGGGUUGGAGCACCGCGGGGGCUUGUGGCGAUGAAGCCUCGUCGUUGCCCUUAGCGGCCAGGAGAUGCAAGGCAUACCGGGCAGCCUUCGACCCUGGACUCCAUGCUAUUCCUUGCCCACGAGCUCCACCAUGGGGAGCCCGUUCUGGCACCUUGUAUUCCUAGGCUGCUCUGCCGUGGCUGCAGGUUGGUCUCUCAGAACUGGACUAAGCAGUGUUAUUGAAGCUGGGUCCCACUGUGACAAGGCGUGCAAUCCUCGAAUGGGAAACUUAGGAUAUGGACGUAAGUUGUGGACAGAUACAAAGUGUGGGAGCAACUCCACAGAAUUUUAUUGUUCAUACAGUGAGAAUGCAGACUUCACAUGCAAGAGGCCUAAGUGUGGUAAAUGCAAUUCUCUGCAUGCCCAUCUGGCUCACCCUCCCUCUGCCAUGGUUGACUCAUCCUUCUGGCUGCCAUACACGUGGUGGCAAUCAGCACAGGGGGUGCACAGGGAGAAGAUCCAACUGAAUUUGGAAACCGAGUUCUAUUUUACUCACUUAAUCAUGGUGUUCAAGUCACCAAGACCAGCAGCCAUGGUCUUGGAGCGAUCUCAGGAUUUUGGGAAAACAUGGAAGCCUUACAAAUAUUUUUCCACUAACUGCUCAGCAGUCUUUGGGCUGGAUGAUGAUAUAACCAAGAAAGCGGCAAUUUGCACUUCUAGAUACUCCAGUCAUUUCCCCUGCACUGGCGGAGAGGUUAUAUACCGAGUUCUGUCACCACCUAAUUCUGCUGAUGACCCUUACAGCCCUGAGGCUCAGGCGCAGUUGAAGAUCACUAACCUUCGAGUGCAGCUGCUUAAGCAACAAUCCUGCCCUUGCCAUAGCAAUGACCUGAAUGCAAAACCUCCACAAUUAACCUACUACGCAGUCUAUGAUUUUAUUGUAAAAGGGAGCUGCUUUUGUAAUGGUCAUGCAGAUCACUGUGUGCCCAUCAAAGGAUUUAGGCCUGUUAAAGCAGCAGGAGUCUUCCAUGUGGUCCAUGGAAGGUGCAUGUGCAAACACAAUACUGCAGGAACUCAUUGUCAAUAUUGUGCUUCUCUUUACAAUGACCAGCCCUGGCAAGCUGCAAAUGGCAAAACAGGAGCUCCAAAUGAAUGCAGAUCCUGUAAGUGCAAUGGACAUUCUGACACUUGUCACUUUGACAUGGACACUUGGCUGGCAUCAGGAAACCGAAGUGGUGGGGUCUGUGACAAUUGUCAACACAAUACAGAAGGGCAGCACUGCCAGCGUUGCAAGCCAGGCUACUACCGGGACCUCAGAAGACCUUUUUCUGCCCCAGAUGCCUGUAAAUUGUGUUCCUGCCACCCUGUUGGAUCAGCAGUGCUUCCCUUUAGCAAUAGCACCUUCUGUGAUCCUAACAACGGUGAUUGUCCCUGCAAGCCUGGAGUGGCUGGGCCUCAGUGUGAUAGGUGCAUGGUAGGGUACUGGGGCUUUGGUGAUUAUGGCUGCCGACCAUGUGAUUGUGCAGGGAGCUGUGACCAACUCAAUGGUGACUGCAUCAGUAGCAGUACAAACAUAGACUGGUACCAUGACAUCCCUGCCUUUUAUUCCACAUAUAAUGAAAGUGAACCAGCAUGGGGGUGGGAGGAUGAACAAGGAUACUCUGCCCUUCGAUAUUCAGGAAAAUGUGAAUGUAAAGACCAAGUUUUAAGAAAUUCCAAGAUCUUCUGUGGCAUGAAGUAUACAUAUGUGCUGAAGGCAAAGAUUUUAUCUGCUCAUGAUAAAGGCUCCCAUGCAGAGGUCAACGUGAAGAUCCAAAAAGUACUGAAAGCUACAAAGCUCAAGAUUUUCCGAGGGAAGCGGAUUCUCUACCCAGAAUCAUGGACUAAUAGAGGCUGCACUUGCCCAGUACUUAAUCCUGGUUUGAAAUAUUUUGUGGCUGGAUAUGAAGAUGUUCACACAGGCAGACUGAUAGUCAAUAUGAAAAGUUUUAUCCAGCAAUGGAAACCAGCUCUGGGGAAAAAGGUCUUGGAGAUUUUAAAAGAUUGUAGCUGAAAGUGCCAAAUAGGGCAUACAAACUUUAUGUCAAGACUUCUAUAAUGAAAACUGGAAUGUAAAGGAAUAGUGCCAAGUGUGUGCAGAAAUGGAAUAUUUCAUCCUAAUUCUCAACCCUUUGAUCCCAGUUCCAACACUUAUGCAUUAACAGUGUUUGUGAGUAAAACUCCGACACCAGAAGUGGAGCCUCCUCCCCAGCAGCUUCAGUUGAGUGUACAAUGGGAGUACAGAUAUAAUAAUCAGCGAGUCCAACAAGAGACUGUUCAUUCACAGCUAGAGUUCCUCUAUCCAUUCCACCUUUCCACCAGUCAUCUAUUUGGUGGAAGAAAGGGGUCUCUUUGGGCAGAACUGCAUUCACAGAUCCUUUCUGGAUUGGACCAACCUGCUUGGGAAUAAGAUUCAUUGAUUCACCAGAACAUGGGUUAUUAAUAAUUUAAAUUAAAUCUCAUAGAUGAUACUGAUUUAGGGUCCCACUCUACAAGUGCUUUGUCUGCCCCCACUUAAGUAUGUUAAGUGCCGAGUAAUUUGAAAAUUGGAAUCUCAUUAUGUUAUUCUUUGGGAUGAUGCAUAUAUACUGGUAAUGAACUAAAGGACUACCAUCAGCUAAUUCAGUGUAAAUCUUAAGAGAGAAUGAUUGAAGUCAGUGGAAUACUUUUGUUUUACAUUGGUAUAUUAAAACUAAGUGGAAAAUUUUGAUGAAAUAUCCACCAUGAGUCUUCAGAGGUAUACAUGUAUGGAAACAACAUAUAUAUCAGUGGAAAAACUCCACGAGAAAACACACAAAGUCUGAAAUAUCUAAUACCUAAUUAAGGCAUACCUUUAAUCAACAGAGAUAAGUGGGACAUCCUUAAAAAGCAAUUAAUAGGAUUUUCAUUUGGGGCCCUUAAAGAUACUGGUUCAGUUUUCUAGUCCGUUAAACUAAUGGGCAUUUGUUGCAACACAAGAGUUAGGCUCUGGUUUGUUUGUUUGAGCCUCACAACUAAAAAUAGAAUCUAUCCUUUUAUAAGAAAUUUGGUUUUAAGAAAAAACUGAUUUCAUAAAGUAUAAAUGGGAACGUUUCCCAUUUGUGAAGUAUUAAACACAUGUAAGUAUUUGACUGUAUAAAGCACUUUAUUGCCUGCCCCCAUUCAGCAUGAAAACACUAAUAUUGUUGGGGAACAGAAAUGGCACAUGAAAAUGUAUAUUGGAACAGAAGCACUCCAAGACUAUUAGGACAAAUAGAACAGUGUUCCUUCAUUCAUGGCAAUGACUAUUCAGUAAAGUUAAGGAUAAAUUUUGAACAACUAAUAUACUUGCACUGAAGUUCCAAUUUCAGAUUAAUAGUUUAAACCUAUAAAUAUCAGUUAUGAUGAGAUUGUAUAAACUACCAAAAGAAAUAUUAAAACAAGAAUGAUAAAAGUUAUCCUUGUUGAAAUGUGAUGGACUUGUUCAUAAUUCAUGCUGACAUUGGCCUUUGUUUUAUAAUAUUUAAACUUGAACAGUUUGUUUCCUUCUGUUUCUACAUGCAAUGCAUACAUUUCCAAAAUAGUGUACAGUACAUUUGUGGAAUAUAUCGUGAUCUCAGGGUUGGCGGCAGACAGCAGCCAGGUCAGGCCCUGGCUGAGGACCCCUGCAGCCCAGAGGGUGGGAGGUAGUGCUCCCAUUCCAUGAUUAGCAGCAGUGUCAGCUCCCGACCCUGCCACGGAUCACAGAGAGAGAGAGCUCCCAGGUACCCCCCAUACAAACCACGCAGAACCACUAUGCCCGCCCACAUGCCCCACCUACCUCUCCCAUUGCGGUGAAUGCUGUGCACCUGCCAUCAACUAAGAUGGCAGCCAAGGCUUCCCUAAGGGGCAUGCAUGCCAUCAACCAACAUGGCAGCAGAGACAUCAGCCCCUUAGGGAAGCCCCUGCCACCAUCUUGGUUGAUAGUAGACAUGAGCACUCAGCUCACAUGGCAUUCUCACAUGUCACAUGUAAGUAUUUGACUGUAUAAAGCACUUUAUUGCCUGCCCCCAUUCAGCAUGAAAACACUAAUAUUGUUGGGGAACAGAAAUGGCACAUGAAAAUGUAUAUUGGAACAGAAGCACUCCAAGACUAUUAGGACAAAUAGAACAGUGUUCCUUCAUUCAUGGCAAUGAAUGUGACAGGAGAGGUAGGUGGGGCAUGUGGGCAGAUGCCCUGGGCCUGAGGCAGGAUGGUGCCCAAGGGCCCAGUCAUGCAUGGCGCCAGCCCUGCAUAAUCUAUGCUACUUUCAUCACUAGAUUCUAUACUUCUCUGGUAAACAUAUUUUAAAACCAGCAUAAAAUAUACCCUGUUUGUAUACCUUAAAAACAAAGAAAGAUCUACAAUACCAUUUAAAUAACAACACUACUCUGAUAUGUGUAUUUUGUAUUGGUCCCAUGGAUUCACAAAAAUG